CCCAACUUAAACAAACACAACUUAUCAUUUAUUCCGCUCCAUAUUUACACGAAAUAAUGACCACUUGCACCCAGAUUUCCCCAAACAAUUCAUUUGUUUCUAUCCAAUGCAUCGAACGGAAAUUCCUGUCACUUCCGACCUUUACCACGUCCUGCAACCGUUCAUUUUCGUCACUCGCGCCUUCGGCUUCAUGCCAAUAGCUGCCUCAAAAAAGGGGGCCCACUACGUGGUCUAUCUCUCCCGCGUUUACACUGCUUACAGCUACGCCCUGGGCAGUUUCAUGAUGUUCUGGUCACUUGGGGGCCUCCAUGAGGACUUCCAUGCCAGCAAUUCGGUUCGAAUGAGCAACUCGACUGUGAAAUACGUGACUUUGAUUGAUUUGGGCGAGGUAAUGGUCACGGUUUUUGUCGGGAUUGUGGUCACGCCGUUCAAAAUCAAGCACUUGUGGCGGCUUUUGGCCAGUUUUCACAAAAUCGACGCCAUGGUGGCGCCGAAAAAGGCGCAAAACGAGCGAAAAAUCGUGAUUGUUUCGAUGGUGGUGGCGAUUUUGUGCGUUUUGUACGUUCUGACCUACGAGUUGUAUUUGUGGGGCGAGGUUUCGAGCAAAAACGGCCAAUUUUGGGUUUUUAUGAAGCGGUAUUUUAUCCUGUUUUCCACUUAUUUCAUGGUUUUUAUCGAGGAAAUGCCGUAUUGGAACUUUAUAAGACUGAUUAGGAGGAGGAUUGAGGCGUUGAAUGAGGUUCUGGGGAAGGGGUUGGACGUUUUCCGGAACGUCACCAAACUGUGGAUUACUCCGGUUAAGCUGAACAAGAAAAACUCCGGGAGUUUCGGAAUCUUGAGUUACGAAAAAGUGGUCAAUUUGAUGAAAAUGUACGAACUUAUUGGGGAUUCGGUCGAUGCGGCGAACGAUUUUUGUGGAGUUAGCAUUUUGUGCAUUAUGUUCAGUUGUCUCAUUCAUUUGGUGGUCACCCCGUAUUUUCUCCUGGUGGAGGUGGCAAAUGGGGGCUUUUUCUUUUUCAUUUUUUUGCAAUUUUCCUGGACCAUGUUGCACUGUGGUCGGCUUAUGGUGAUCGUGGAGACUUGUCAGUAUUGUCUGGAUGAGCAUCAGAAAACUGUAGAGUUGGUGUUUAAGUUGUUGUCGUGUGAGUUGCAAGAGGAUGUUAAGGACCAAAUGAAACUUUUUGCUUUGCAACUGUCGGGCCGGAAAGUGAGGUUUACGUCCUUUUCGAUGAUGAAGUUUAAUCGGUCGUUGUUGACUGCGAUUGGCGGCUCGAUAACAACUUUUCUGGUCAUCCUCUUCCAAUUCGGAAGUGUAGGAAGCGACGUCUACUACUCCCGCGACUAAAUAAAAAAUUUCAAACAAACAAACACGUACAAAUCAUUACUUUAUCCUUCAAUCCCUCUUCAAUAAUUAACAGAUCCUUGAGGACUUUUCUAAAGUGUGUUUUGGUGUCGUUGCUACGACAUCAUCGAUUCCCCGAUCAACUAUAAAACGUUUAAUCAUUU